AUGGCUUCUGCACUGGCGGUGGAGGUGGAAGAGAGGGUGGCAGCAGGCGGCGGCGCCGCGGCGCAGGCCCGGCCGGCGGGAGCAAGCGGCGGCGGCAGAGGCGGCCGGCGAGCGGGCCCGGCGGCGGCUCCUGCGGGCGGAGACGGGGCGGGGCCUGAGCGGGGGGCGGGGCGGCUCUGCAGGCCCCGCCCCGGCCCGCGCGCCGGGAACAAAGGCGCCCGCGCGCCCGUGGAGAGGACCCCCGCCCGCCGCGCCUGCGCCCCGCGACCCCCGGACAGGCCCCGGGCGGGGGCGCGGGGCGCAAUGGCGGCGGGAGCGCGCGCGCCGCUCGCGGUCAAGAAGCCCGUCCCUCCGUCCCGCAGAGCUUCAAGCUCACGCUGCCCCGGCUGGCCCCGUCACGCGCGGCAGCCCCGCGCCGGCCCGUCAGUCAGUCGCACACGCACAGGCGGCCGCCCAGCCCACUGUCCCGCACAGGCCCCGCCGCAGCCGUUUCCUCAACCCCGCUCCCCGCGCGGCGUCCGGGAGAAGAGCCGAGGGUGCAGAGCGCCGCCAGGCCCGCCGGCCAAACCCGGUUACCUGGGCGGGCUGCCCGGCGGAGGGAGCCAGCCAGGCCAGGCCGGGCCGCCUCACACCCGCGGCGGCGGCGGCAGCGGCGGCGGCGGCCGGUCCUCUGCGCGCCCUCCUCGGGAGGGGCGGGGGCGGAGCAGCCUGCGGAUUGGCCGACGGGCUCUGAUGGACAGCAGGCCUGUCCCUCCCCUCCUUUUGGUCGCGCAGGGCUGGCCCUCAGGCCGCUCCUGCGACGGCCGGACCCACGUCUGUCCUGCCCCUGUGGCCAGUGUGACCUUCGACGGACCCGUCAUUCGGAGAAGCCCCCAGACCUGA